GAACCCAUUCAGCAGUUCGUAGGGGGACAUCAGAUGGUGGAAACCGUUGGUCUCAGCUGUCUCCCCUUUUGUGUAUCUUUGAGCGUCCUACAACAUACUUAACCCACGUCUUCCAUUGAUUGUGUGACGAGUGACGAGACAAGUUUCAACCUUUUUAAAAACCUUAAAAAAAUCCAGUAGGAAAUGAAGAUGAUGGCUAUUCGUUUACUGGUGCCUACUGGUGCCAAACGAGUAGUAGUACAAGUGCUCUGUUCUACGUUGGCAGCGUUGAUUUUUUAGCCCAUUGUCUGUGAGUGUGUCGAUGUGUUAGGCUCUUUCAAUAGAAAAACAGUAGAGUGCUUCCUCUUUUUAAUUAUCCUGUGCAAAAAGUUUUUUUACAACUCGAUAACAACAAUAGUAAAAAAAGAGAGAGAGAAAAAAAAGAGAAGUAAUUCCGGACAUCCUGUGAUGAUCAUUAUCGACCCGCUGCAGUUUCAAUAAGUUCACUAGGACAGCCGAACUCUUGUUCAUCCACACCACAGGUUGACGUCGUCUGUGUGUCGUGUACCCAGUCAUCCUUGCAGCCCCCCCCGAAAAAUUGCAGAAGCAAUGGCGGACGAUGAUUCGACAAGCGUGCGGGUCGCAGUCAGAAUACGCCCACAAUCGGCCAGAGAAGUCAUCGAUAUGUGCCGGACGUGCACGACGGUGACCCCAAGUGAGCCUCAGGUCAUCCUCGGUGCCGAUAAGGCUUUCACCUAUGAUUACGUCUUCGACAUGGAUUGCGGCCAGGUGCAUAUUUAUAACACCUGCGUCCGGCAUCUGAUUGAAGGCUGCCUCCAGGGUUAUAAUGCCACAGUGUUAGCAUACGGACAGACUGGGAGCGGCAAAACGUAUUCAAUGGGCACGGGAUUAGAGGCGGACCAGCAACUCUGUGCCAUGAGUGAUAAUGUGGGUAUUCUACCUCGCUCGGUUCACCAUCUUUUCACAGGGAUUGAGAUGCUCAGGGAGGAAGCGAUUCAAAAUGGUCAAACACCGCCCGAAUUCCGUGUCCAGGCUCAAUUUCUCGAACUCUACAAUGAGGAAAUAAUCGAUCUUCUCGAACCAACCACUCGGGGUCAACGGUCGGAUAUGCGGAUUCACGAGGACCAGUUGGGCGGUAUCUACGUGGCCGGAGCGACAAGCAAGUCGGUAGCCAGCACGGAUGAGGCCAUGCACUGCUUACACAUGGGUGCCCUAGCGCGCACAACCGCCUCGACCCAAAUGAAUGCCCAGUCGUCACGCAGUCACGCCAUAUUCACGUUGCACAUCCGCCAGCAACGGCUAGCUCCAGCUCAGAACGGGAAUGGGGACAGUGAUGAAGGCCAGCCUAAUGGUACCGGAUCGAACGGAGAUGCUGGAUCGGAACUAGAGACGCUAUCCGCCAAAUUACAUUUUGUCGAUUUGGCCGGUUCCGAGAGGCUUAAACGAACCGGAGCGACAGGCGAUCGUGCUAAAGAAGGCAUUUCCAUCAAUUGCGGCCUGUUGGCCCUGGGCAAUGUUAUCUCUGCACUGGGUGACGCUGCACGCAAGGCAUUGCACGUACCGUAUCGCGAUUCGAAGCUGACUCGACUUCUUCAAGACUCUUUAGGAGGUAAUAGUCGCACGCUAAUGAUCGCCUGCUGUUCACCAUCUGACCGCGACUUUAUGGAAACGCUGAACACACUAAAGUACGCCAAUAGAGCUCGAAAUAUCAAGAAUCGUGUGGUUCUCAAUCAGGAUCGAAGUAGCCGUACAAUUGCACUGUUGCGACAAGAAAUUCUACAACUGCAACAGGAAUUAGCUGAAUACAAACAGGGCAAACGAGUGGUCAGCGAGGAUGGCCAUGAAGCGGUGAACGACAUGUUCCACGAGAAUCGUCUGCUACAGGCGGAAAAUCAAACGAUGCGGACGAGACUCAAAGCGCUCCAGGAGACGGUCAACUCGAUGACUGUGCGCAAUGUCGAACUGCAGGCCCAGAAAGCCGCUUCCACUUGGAGCAAAGCUGGUUGUGAUGCCGACAUUACCCAAAUGGUCCAGCACUACCUCAUGGAAAUCGAGGAAUUGAAGGCGAGGCUAUGCGAAUCGGAGAACAUGGCGUCUCAAUUGCGUCUGAGAGCCGCCACUUUGCAGACUAACAGAUCACCCGUGAAAGGUGGCCUGUCCCCUCGUAAACUCAACAGCUCCGUCAACGUGCUCAUCGAAGAAGCCAAGCGCAAUCUGGAAAAGGAUAAAUCAUUGCUGCAGAAGAAUCAAUUGCGUCGUGAAAUCAGUGGUGGCAAUGACUCGGCCAUGGAAGCUUCAGUCUCUUCGAUGGAACCGAGCAGUCUGAUGACUGGCCAAUCUCAAGCAAUGAGCAGUGGUGAGGCAAGCGAUGAAGAAGAAGAUAACAGCCCGUCGAGCGCUGAAGGCGAGAGCGACGAUAGCAGCAGUAGCAGCGAUGAUGAAGCAAAUCAAGCUGAAGAAAAUGGAGGAUUGUAUAGCGCGGAAUUGGCCGAACUCACUUCAGAAAUCAGCGUCAAACAACAAUUGAUUGAAGAGUUGGAAUUGUCGCAACGCAGACUGGAUAUCAUGAAGCAUCACUAUGAAGAGAAACUUGUCCAGCUUCAAGAACGUAUUCGGGCCACUACCGAAGAACGUGACAAAGUCUUGGCGGGAUUCGCGCAGAAUCACGGGCCAGUUAAUCCAAAUGUGGAGGGUACGCUACGACGAGUACGCGAGGACUAUGAAAAGAAAUUGUCUGACUUGCAAUCGCGUCUGAAGAAAUUUCAAGCCGCUCAACAGGAACAUGCCAAACUGCUGAAGAGUCAGGGCGAAAGUGAGCGUCAACUCAAGUCACUCAAGAACGAUUUGCUGGACAUGAAGCGAAACAAGGUCAAACUGAUGCAAAAGAUGAAAGAAGACGCCAACCGUCACAAAGAGAUUGAACUGAAACGGACACGUGAGAUUGCCCAGUUGCGGAAAGAGUCACGCAAACGGGAGAAUGAAAUCCGCACGCUGCAGAUGGACAAGCGAGUCAAGGAGACGGUACUGAAACGCAAACAGGAAGAAGUCAAUGCCUUGCGCAAAGUCCAGGCUCGUGGUCAAGGUGUUUUGAGUGAACGGGCUGCUGGCCGUGUCUUCCAGUCGGGACGGAAUUCGCGCAAACCACGUCAACCCAUGUACUCGCCCAAGGUGGCCAAGCAAAAGUGGCACAAAUUGGAACACAAUCUCUCCCAGAUGGCGUUGAACCGGUUAACGGUUUCGCAGCUGGAAAAAGAUCUGGAACGAUUGAUGGGCAAUCGCGACGAACUGGGUCGAUCACUGGCCGAAACGCUGAGAAUUCGCGAUCGCGCAUUCAUGCGGGGCAAAGAAGAAGGCUACAUCCGCGAACUCGACGAUCAGCUGGAAAGCCUCAAAGCCAAUAUCGAAUAUGUCCAGGAAAACAUUGCGGAAUGUCAACGGAAUAUUGUCCAAAUUGAAGAGACUAAAGAGGGACAAGGUGAUUUAGAUAUGGAAUUGGCUAUCCAGCCAAAUGAUAUGGAAGAGGCCCGUUACUUGUUUGCCAAGUUGAUUAACAUGAGUCUGAAUCACGCUACCUUGGCUGCCCAGCGUGAAGCUAGCAACAAGGAGCUGCAGAAUCAGGUGAAGCAAGUGCUGGAACGCGAUGCUGUCCAUCAACAGCUGUUGCAACACAUGCUGGCCCAUUCGGAUUUGGAGGUGUACAAUCUGCUGGCUACUGGCACGACCAGCACUUCUUCGGCGCAAGAAGAUCAAUUAAUAGGCGGAGGAAUCUCAUCUCGCUCCCGUUCUCCUUCGCCCGCUGAAAGCGUGGCCAGUGGCGCCACAACGGCAACAAACGCCACCGGCAGCGGGCGUUAUAGCAAGAAAAUCAGUAAGAAAGCCAGACGUCUGACCUUUGCUGCCCCCGAAGAUUUGCUUUACUAUGAGGGCGUAGUCUCAAUGAGUAACGCUGGAGGUCCACCGCCUCUUCCACCGCCCAUCAUUGAGCCGCUGGUUGAUCUACCGCCCAUACCGAAUGUCGCGCGUUCGCAAAAGAUUGAUAUUCGGAGUAAUCGCGGCUCGUCUGAGAAUAGUCUACGGGUCGACCAUAUGGCAAUCACUCCUCCCCAAAAUUUCACUUCGAACAGUUCCCUCGCUUCUCCUCGCCUACCCCGCAAAUCUGCUAAUCACAGCAAUUCAAACUUACUGGCCAAGCUUAACUCUGCCGAGCCGGGUGAAACGUCUCCGACACCACCCGCUUCACCACCCACAUUUCGACGGGGCGGAACCAGUCGCGAAGAGAAUCCCAAUGUUUUUUCACGGCUAACUCAUGGCACAAAUGUUGGCCAGGAGCCUGUACCUGACCGUGGCGUUGUCCAUCCAUUCCAGGGCAAGCUGAGCAAUAAAUCACCUCUCAUCUGCACUCGGACAGCCGAAGGGCAUUGCCAGGCAGUACUUUCCAUUUGUGCCACGGACGCCAAUCUCUUCUCAGCUUCAAAAGAUCGUACCGUAAAAGUUUGGGACCUGCAUUCCGGAGUUGAAAUUCAAUCGCUGGAUCGUCACCCCAAUAAUGUGGUUGCUGUUAAAUACUCUCCAGAAACAGGACUCGUCUUUACUGCCUCGUCUGCCUACGUAAAAGUUUGGGACUUGAGGCAAUCGCCAAGUCGCUGUAUCAAAACCUUAAGCUCUUCCGGUUGGCCGGCCAGCGGCAAUCAGGCAAACACGACUAGCACACGUAGUCUACAGCUACCUCAGGGGGAAUCGCUGAUUAACGAUAUCGCUUUGAGCGGUCAGAGUAGUGCCGUGUUGUACGCCGCGGCGGGCAGCCAGGUGCGCAUCUGGGACAUCCGGAAAUUCAGCAGCACUGGCAAGUUGAGCGGUGGCCACCAGGCAGCCGUCAUGUGUCUGGCUGUCGGAAACGCCCCAGUGGCCGGCAUAGAGUCAGACGGCAACGACAAAGUAGAAUACGUCAUAACAGGAUCUAAGGAUCAUUACGUUAAAGUGUUUGAAGUACGUGAUGGAGCCACUGGAGUUUUGAGUCCGAGGUUUAAUUUGGAUCCGCCUCACUACGAUGGUGUCCAAUGCCUUUCCUUGAGUGGCACGUCCCUAGUCUCUGGCUCACGUGACGCUUGCAUCAAGCUGUGGGAUGUCGAGCAAGGCGAGCAAGUUCUGUCACUCUCCAACGUCCACCGUGAUUGGAUAUGCGGUCUGGUCCAUCUGCCUCAACGUCUUGUCAUUUCCGGAUGUCGGGGAGGUGUCUUACGUCUAUGGUCGACUGAAUCCUGGGAUUCUGUCGGCGAAAUGCGGGCCCAUUCUGCCUCAGUCAAUGCGAUCGCUUUUAAUUCUACCAACAUUUUUACAGCCUCCAAUGAUAACACGGUCAACAUUUGGAGAUUGCGCUCCAGUGUCGACAGCAUCUCUCCUGAAGCCGGCGAAUCUUUUUGAAUUUUCUUGCAUACUGCUCGUUUUUUUUUUUACCACCCUCAUUUUUUUUUGCUUUAAUUUAAGUUUUUUAUAUAUUUUUAAGGGUAAGGAGACGUUGGUUUAGUCACUCACACACCUUCUCUCGUGUCCUUUUCGUAUUCUUUUUUUUUUUUUUAACAACUCAAGAAUUUGAAAAAGCACGGUCCGUCAAGCUGUGCAUACAACCAAAAAGAUGGUGCACAAUGCUGUACAUCUCUAGGUUUCUCUGAAACGUUUUUUUUUUUUUAGUUCUUUUUUUUUUAAACACGGAAUCAUAAUCACCAGUUUCUUAACAUUCCAGUAAGAUACCCAACACAUUCCAUUUAUACGAGUACCUAGGCGAGGAAAAAAAAAAACUUAAAAGUAUUUAAUCUCCAAAUAACCAAAAUAAUAAUGAAUAUUUGCUUCUUUCAGGACAUCCCGUCUGUUCGUAUCUGAAACGUUCUUUUUAUUUAUAUAGUUACCGAUGGAAGUUAAGGAAAGAAAUUGAUUGUAUUUUUUUUUUUUCUGGCUAUCACGAGUCUCAUACAGGAUACAUAAUUUACCAAAAUUUAUAAUAAGAAGAAUGAGGCCUUUUUGUAUAGGAGAAAAAUGUGGGAAUACACUUGAGUGAGUUCUGUA